UAAGCAUUCGUGUAAUACUACUGAAUAUGGAAAUGAAACCAUACGUGGAUGCGAUCGAUGUCUAUCUUCUGGUAAUUAUCUUCAAUUUAGAAAAACGCUUUGUGAGCAUUCAAUUUGUAUUGCCCGGUGAUUAUCCUCGCGGGUGGUGGACAGUGAGGGUUAAAGCACUUCAACAGAUUGAGGAAAAAAAAAUACUAAUUGAGCGCUGGUUUACCAAUCGGUUUGACGUAAGCGUUUCGCUGCCGGCUUUCAUAUCUCAGUCCGACACUUACAUCGAGGGCACAGUCUAUGCAAAUCACACCAAUCUAUUGCCAGUUGUGGGAAACCUAACCAUCAGAGUUAUAAUGAAACCCGAGAAGAAAGAGAUUAAUUGGCGUCAAUUGAACGGCGAUUACGAUAAUUACAACUCUUAUACGGAAAACGAUAUUUUUGAAGACAUACUUAAGAUCGAA